AUGCAACAAUAAAUACCUCUUAGAUAAACAAAUCAGAUUAGACCAUCAAUAUUUUUGAAUAAUUUAGAUUUCAACUCUGCCUUGCUGUCUCCAAAAUUGAUCUCCUCAGAUUUUGAAACGUCUCCUCUCAUCUCUCAAUUAAGAUAUCCAACCAAGCUCCCUUUGAUUAAAGAAAAACCUACUAUAUCUAUCAGUAAUAAGGAAUCCCUUGAAAACACACUUUAUAACGAUUCUAGUAGUUAACCCUCAUCCAUGAAGAUUGCAUUUCAAUCAGGGGAACGUCUGAAGUUGCCUCUAAUUUAAUUAGCAUCUCCUCAAAAUGAAACUAAACACAAAAAAAAUUUAACAGAGGGUAGUCUGGCUAAAAAAAGAGUAGAAUUCAGAGCAUCCAUUCUGGUGAUAGAUUUCAUUAAUUAAGUGAUGAAGAAAGAUAAAAUUGACGGAAGUGCAAAGCCUCUAAUUCGAAAAGGCAUGAAAAGAGAGUAAACCAAAUUCUAACCAAAAUUAGGGUGA